ACUCCCUCCCUCCUUUCCUCUCUUUCUCUCCCCAGCACCACCGACUCAACCCACUGCCUCUUCCCCCUCCGCUGCGGACCUAACGUUACCGGAGGCACGGCGUUGUAUCCGUCAUCUGUCGACUGAGAGCCCGAGGACAAGAAAAUCCCGGCGGCUCCCUCGCUCAGAAAAAUAACCGUCAACCACAGCAGCAGCGACCGUUCAGUUCCGCGAGACUCCGCACAAGGCGAAGACAAGCCCGGCGACAGAAUGGGAAAUGAGGCGAGUUAUCCCUUGGAGAUGUGCUCACACUUUGACGCUGAUGAGAUUAAAAGACUAGGGAAGCGGUUUAAGAAACUCGACCUGGAUAACUCGGGUUCUCUCAGCGUGGAGGAGUUCAUGUCUCUACCAGAGUUGCAGCAGAACCCACUGGUCCAGCGAGUCAUCGAUAUAUUCGACACAGACGGAAACGGAGAAGUGGACUUUAAAGAGUUCAUUGAAGGCGUCUCUCAGUUCAGUGUCAAGGGUGACAAGGAGCAGAAGCUCCGCUUUGCGUUCAGGAUUUAUGACAUGGAUAAGGAUGGCUACAUAUCCAACGGUGAGCUGUUCCAGGUGCUGAAGAUGAUGGUAGGGAAUAACCUGAAGGACACCCAGCUGCAGCAGAUCGUCGACAAAACCAUCAUCAACGCAGACAAGGACGGGGACGGGAGGAUAUCUUUCGAGGAGUUCUGUGCUGUGGUUGGUGGCUUAGACAUUCACAAAAAGAUGGUGGUGGAUGUGUGAAGAGACAGAGAAGGCCCUUCACUGAACACCCUCUUUUUUCACUUCUCCAUUUCUGAGAAUCAGCUCCAGAUGUUCCGCUAACACGCUCUCUCUUUCUCUCUCUCUCUGUCUGUCGCUCUCUUUCUCUCUUUCAAUGGAAGUAUUUCUCUGAAUGAUGCCUCUGUUCCCCGUCUGUACUCCCUGAGCCUUGUGACGCCUGCCAUCCUAAGUGUUAUAGAGCAUGAGAUUCUUCUGCCCACGUUCUCGGGUAUUUAAGGACAGUCAGAGAGACGACUUCUCUGUCGAUUACCGAGCGACUCAGUGUGAUGGAGACUGAGAGAAGUGUGUGUGUGUGUGUGUGUGUACGCUCUUUAUUUUUCUUUUUGAAGGGGGGAUUUUUUGUAUUUAUUUUAGUCCUGUCUUUUUUUUAAGAUAAUCUAGGUCUACAGGGAAUGUGUGUAUGUGAGCGAUAUAUAUGUCUUGACACUUGAUUUCAGUGCAACACCCUUCAAGCAUGAAGUGCCAAUCGAAACAUAUACGCAGGAUUUAACAAUAGCUGAAUAUUGAAACCGCUGUCUGAUGUUCUUCAUGUCAUGGGGAGAUUAAAAAAAGUCAUUAAGUUUUUUUUUGUUUCCACCUCUUUAGAGCAAAUAACUGCUUCAGAUCUCAUGCAAAAUGCAAAUGCGAUUUGAAUUUUCUACAAAGAAUGUGUGUGUGUGUGUGUGUAAAGUGUGCUGUUUUAAUAUUGUCAGGGAGUUCAUCUACCGUCUUGCUUUCUGGUAUACAGUAGACUAGAAUAAAAA